CCUUACUGCCUUUUUAAAAUAUGGCUUCAAAAUAAUGUGAAAACCGCUCUCGAGCCAUGGCAGAAAUUAUUAUUAAUGAAACUGAACUCAAGAACCUACAACAAAAUUGGGAGCAGAAAAUCAAAGCGCACGAAAAAUACUGGUUGGAGAAUGAUGCCAAACUGAGGGCUAUAACGUCGGCAAAGAGCUAUGAAGAAUUCAGUGACAUUGUAAAGGCAGCACAUUUGAAACCUCUCACAAAAAAAGAGUUGGCCGAGUUGCAGCAUAAAGUUGGAAGGACAAAUUUCAGAGCAGAAGUUGCAAGUAGUAUCAGCAACUUUGAUGAGGAGUCAGAGGUUAAGAUCAACAAGGUGCAGGUUUCAACGGCAGCUGAAUUUUCUACUUACUGGAUCAAGUUGGAUGACGAGAAAAAAUACGAUCUAAUAAGAAAACUGUCGUUAGAAGAUUUGGAUUAUUUUAUGCAGAGAGAAGUUCCUGUUGGUAUGCUUGGAGAUUUGACUAGAAUUUUGCGGUAUGAUCCAAAGGAAGAAGAAUGGCUGCUGAGUUUACUGAAAAUACUGACAAAAUCUAACAGAUUUCAGUUAAACUUGAUGUUUAUGAGUACCAAAGAAAUAGAUUUUUUCAAGACUCUGUUAGAUAGCAUUACCCUUGACAAGGAAGAUGUCCGCAGAGUUAAGUAUUCAUUUGGAGUUCUGAAAUAAUAAGGUCACAUAUUUCCACUCACAGCAGUUUAUUAUUUAAUCUUCAUAAACUUUUGAGAAGCAGUCUUAAUUGAAUGGAUAGGAAUGGAUCGACUUCAAAAUGCAAGAAAAUUGAAUUCAAUAUACAUAUAAAUGGAAUUGCAGAAUUAGACUUUUAAGUAAUAAACAAAAAUAAACCCAAUUAAGUUCCUGAUUGGCUCAGUAAGUACCAAAUUAUAUGUUAGAAAAAUUGCUGAAAAUCAGGGCAGAAUUAUUGAUUUGCACUGCUUUUUUCCUUCUUUAAAACAUUGACCCGUUGGCUAAUUUCAAUUUCUUUACAAAUUUUCUUCUAUAGAUUUUACAGACAAAAUUUUCAUUCAUCAACAGCCAAAACCCUUGAAUUUGAUAGACAGUGUUUGAUCAGACUUCGAGUCCACAUCAUGAUUAAUUUGAGUCAACGAAAAAUAGAGCAUUCAAUACAACAAUUAGUCUACUUCCUUGGCUGGUGGAUGAUGUUGGGCCUAGCAGCAGGACGAGCAUCAUGGGUGGGCUGUGGUUUGUCAUGGAAGGAUUGCACUGCCUCGGUAGGGAAGUCAGCAUUGCCUCGCACAGGCGCUCCAGACACACUCACUGUUUUGGG